AUGGACCAGUACCCCUUCGGCGACGAGAGCGCGGUCCAUUUGGAGAUGCAUCUCCCUGGAUUUUCCGAAAGCCAGGGGCUGGUCUGUAGCGAGGCCCUCAACCACGAUUUGUGCCUGGAUGCGAAAGAUGUGAUGUACGGAGGGCUGAGCGGUGCCCUCCCACCCGCCGAUGCGGCCAGCGACGCUCUGGAGGCCGAUUUAAACGUGCUCCCUCUGUACCCGGCGAAGGACUGCCACUCUGUUCAGCUCCUUGAUGAGUCUGACUCGCGGCCCUUGCAGCACGGUGAGCGCGCUGGACUCGGCGUUCUCUGUUCGGAGGAGGCUGGAGGAGGAGGAGGAGGAGGCAGCGGCAGAUCCGCGGGGAGAGGAAAGCGUCCCGGCUUUCCUCGGACCUCGCUGCCGGGCUGCAGCCGCUGCGGGAAGGUGUUCGGCAGUGCCAGCGCUCUCAGCAAACACUGCCUGACUCACAGCCAGAAGCGGGAACACGUCUGCACCGUCUGCAGCAAGGCCUUCAAGCGGCCGGACCACCUGAGCGGACACAUGUUGACGCAUCGGAAAAUAAAACCUUUCGUGUGCCCGGAGCGAGACUGCGAUAAGAGUUACUGCGAUCACCGUUCGCUGCGCCGGCAUUACGAACUGCAGCACGGCUUGUGCCGCUUGAAGGAGGCUCCCAAGGAAGGCGCCGGGGGGGAAUCCCCGCUUCUUCCCGGUCCGUAUAUCCAAGGCUGCGGGAAAUCGGUGGACAGACUGACUGCGCGCUCAGAGUCGGGCUCUUUCCCACCCGAAAGAGACCCGCUCGGGUGCGCUGCCAACGGCUUUGCGAACCAGAAGCUCCCCUUGGCUGCCUUGCCCGCCGCAGAGCACGCGGGUGCUGCCUGGACAGAUUCCUCCCCAGCGAGCCAGGCCUCUUGCCUCACGUCUAACAGCAGUGGACUUUCGGAGGCUGCAGGAGGCAAUAUAUCGAAGGAUCGCCUCUCUUGCCAAAAGAGCGCCGCUUCUUCCGACGUCUGUGCCGUAAUAAGUCCCAGGAACGUGUCUGUGAUCGCGCCGGCUGAGAACGUAGUUACCAACCUGACCAGCAGGUCUUUUAUUUCAGAAGCCCGGCUCUCCUCGGAGCCCGCGGGGCUGCAGUGUUGUCCCGACGGCGCCCUGCCUUGUUUUCCUGUGUUCGGAGGGCAGAAGCCGUCUGCAAACCAGUCAGGCAGUAACUUUCAGUGGAUAAGAAACGUGCCGGUUUGUGCUAAACCCAAAAGGGAUAGCGUCUGCCUUGCCCGCAAGCCGCCUGUCGCAGCGCAGGGUGUUUCGGAGGGGUUCGCCGGACCUUCCUGCGCCUUCUCGGCCGCGUACGAGUGUCCGGAUGCUUUGUCUUUCCCCGUUGCCCCUUUUAAAGCUGAAGAGGACGCGCCGAGUGAGUCGGCCCUCGGUUGUUUUGAGGAAGCCUUUCAAUCGGCGAAACCCCACGACUCCCACCCGUGGGAGAACGCCGGGGAGUUGAGUUUUCCGGAGGUUUGGAAACACGGUGCGCUGCAGAGCGAGACCAGGCAGCUCUUCCCGAAACCCCAGGAGCCUGCUGAGGGCCUGGAGCAGCUGCAGGUGCAGCAGCACCUCUUCCGGGUGAUCGCCAAGUCUCAGCAGCUCCUGUCUCACUCCCAGGCGCUGGCUCCGUCCCCGCUGGUGGCUCCCGAGGCCAAGCACCUGCCAGCAAACCCCCUCCAAGCGGCGUUUCAGCAGCCGCCCCCCUUGGCUCCCCAGCUUCCGCAGCCGACGGAGUACGAAGGGCCUUCCACGUACCUCCAAAAGGCCGUACCCCAGUUCCAGGGCGUUUCCUCGGACGGGGAGAAACAAGGACCGCAGGCAGCCCCUGCCUUUCAGUCCCCCAUGAAAGAACACGGGGGAUUAAGAGACUCCUCUGUUCCCAGCCAGCUCCAGCAUGGAACGCGUGGAAGUGCCGUGGGAAGCCACUCUUCUGGGAGGUCGAAUCAGCUGGAAAACAAGGCUUCUGCAUUUAAAAAAGAGAGGAGUAAAGAUCGUAGCACAGAGACGGGCGGGAAACCGCCGGCGGGUGCUGGCCGGUCUUGGCGUCUGCCUGCCGUCCGCAGGGAGAGGCUGACUUUUGGCCUGAGCUGCGCGGCUCCCCCGAGCCAGGUGGCUAUGGCGUCCUUCUCGUCGGCUCCUGCGGCCGGGGGGACGCGCAGGCUGACCAUUUUCAACAGGAUUCAAGGUGGAAAUAUCUACAGCCUCACGAACGCAGCAGAGGAAGAAGACUCGCCAGCUGGGUGGCUGCAUUCGCACGGGGGAGUUACCCGCAAACGACGCGUCUUCCCGCUCACGGAGUGGGAUCUGUCAGAAAUCCCGCCGUGCGUGGAUCGCGUGGUGGCGAACGGAAAUCCGUCUGGCGGUUUCAACGCAGGCCGUUCUGUUUUGGUGUCGCGGUUCAAAAGCGACAAAAGCAUCGAUAAGAGCGGUGCUGCUCCUACUGAUGGCAGCGGCGGUGAAAGCGGCUUUCUCCGCAAGGACUGCGGUCAGCUGUUUUACACCGAGAGCGGUCUGGAGAGCCACGGGUGUUUUCGUGGCGAACAGUGGCGUCCACCACAAAGGAAGGAGGAACAGCAGGUGUGCGAUGCCGGAGACGUAAACGCUCAGGGACUGUCGCUCCGGGCGGCAGGAGGUGGAAACUGUCCCUCAAAACCCGAGGUGCCUUUAGAGGACGUAACAGCGGCUCCGCUCGUGAUUCCCGUCUCGGUGCCGGUGACGGCUGCGAACUCGCAAGGAGGGAAGGAGGUUACUGAAAAGGAGAGCCCGGAUGGGAAGGACCUGGGAGAAAACUUGCACCAGAGAAAGAGGCAAACGCGGCCAAAAUCGCUCUUUAUCCCACCUCCGCCGGCCCCUGAAGCCCAGCCGGGGAUGGGAGGGUGUUACCAGAGUAACCUUCGUUCGCCCGUGUUCCUGGUGGAUCAUCUGCUGAGAGACUUGUUCCAGCGCUCUCCUUACACGCCGCCUCCGAUGCUCAGCCCCGUGCGGGAGGGAUCAGGCCUCUAUUUCAGCACUCUCUGCUCCUCCUCUGCUAACGGUGAUCCCAACCAGCUCUUCACUGCUGUAUUAGGCAGAAUGGACAGGGACUUUGGAUUUUGUCUGAUGAAGGAUAACACCAAAAUCAGCAUUCGGCCGCACAUCAACGUUGGAAGCCGAUUCCAGGCGGAGGUGCCGAACCUCCGGGAUAGAUCACAGUUGGAAAAGGAUGAACAGGCAGCGUCGUUGGUGUGGAAGCCCUGGGGAGACAUCGCAACUAACCCGGAAACACAGGACAGAGUAACAGAACUGCUCAACAUGGCCUGCUCCAGCGUCAUGCCGGGGGGAGGAACGAACCUAGAGCUAGCCUUGCAUUGUCUGCAUGAAGCACGAGGCAACGUUCUGGAGGCUCUGGAGAUGCUGCUUUUUGGGGCGCCUCAGAGAUCCGAAUCCCAUCCUCUGGCUAAUUAUCGUUACGCAGGUUCAGAUACUUGGACGCCUCUCGAGAAGCAGUUGUUUAGAAAGGCUUUUUGCGUACACAAGAAGGAUUUUUACCUGAUCCAGAAGAAGAUUCAGACUAAGAAUGUGUCCCAGUGUGUUGAAUAUUACUAUAUCUGGAAAAAAAAAAUUAAGUUUGACUACAGUCGAGCUCAAGUAAUAGCAAAAAAGGUCAAGAGAGACAAGGAUGAGGUGGAAGAGGCUGAAGAAAAGGCUGUUUGCAGCCCGAAGAAGAGGCACCGUCUUCUGCCUAAGGAAAGCAUGAAGAUAAAGCAGAAGAGCCAUAAAAAGAUGCCCUGCAAUCUGCGUGAGUCUUCGUACCGGGCUGGAAGUGCCGACGAUGGGGGCGUAUUUCCCUGUAGAGAGUGUGAAAGGGUGUUUGACAAGGUAAAAGGUAGGAACGCUCAUAUGAAAAGCCAUCGCCUGCAGGAGCGGGUAGAGCCUCUCGUGAAGAUUACGUGGCCCUUGAAGCAUUUUAAAAGUGAGGCAAAGAUGGAAGAAACCCAGAUGCUGACCUCCUCGAGCGGUAACUGGGAAACGGUGGUUUCGGAGCAGCAACGAGGUUAGUUUCCUCUGCUUAGAAAAAAAGACACAGACCUUCCCUAGCGUCGGAGCGGUGGCUGAGCUCUGAGGAGGAUUAGACGACAGGAGGUUGACCCCCGCUCUUCAGUCUAAUCCGUCAGGAGCCCAGCGGCAGUCGCGCCGAUGCUGAAAAGCCCCCUCGGCUUUUCCUGCCGUGGAAAAGCGCUCGGUGAGGCUGCCGAGAACGUUCGCUAAAGGGCCUCGGGAAGAAAAGCCGCAACUUUGUGUGUGUAGGGUGUUUUAAAAACUUCCUUGGGUUUUCUCGGCGGUUAGCGCCAACGGCUGGUGUCGGGUUUGGCAAAAAGGGAUGGGAAGGCAUCGAAUGUUCCUGACUUGUAUCAACACUGCAAAGACGUGUGCUAAAUGAGGUACGCGUGCCUGGCGUGGGGUUACAAUUAUGCACGGCUGGGAAAACACGCAGCUGUCAGUGGCUGUAACAUAGCUGUUGUACAAAUACUAGAAGCUCUUGACUUCUGCUUUUGCUUAAAGAAGUCCUUUGCCUCCAUUUAAAAGGAAAGUUGGCUGCCCUUGGCCCUCACUUCUUGCUAUCAGUUUCGGGGUUUGGUGUUGCUAGAAAGAAACAGAACAGGGAAAUCAAUGGGAAAUUGUCAUCGUAUUUAAUAUCUCGUUUUGCCAUAAAGGGAUAGUCAUGCACAGCAUUUCGGAUCUCGACCAUAGCGCUCUGCUGAUCCAAGUAAGGUUUGGUUUUGGGGUUUUUUUUAAAUGUGUUUUCUACUUAGCUUAUUAAACUGGGUUCUUGAAUAGCAGGUGUAAAAGUUCUUGGACUGCCCUUGCUGGUUAUGCUAUAAAUAAUUAAAUAGUUAAAGCAAAGUUCGUUACGCUUGGUUGGUGGCGCGGGCACGGCAUGCUACCUGCACAUCAGUCUCGAAAGAAGAACCCGGGCACGUGCUUCCGCGGGCCCGGUCCCUCGGUCGGUGGGCAGGGGGCUGUAGAGACGGAUCCUUAUUGUCCCUGAAGCUCUCUGGAAGGUUUAAAGCUGGGGACCGCAAACCCGUCGAGCCUGGGGACCGAUCCAGGCUGCAGCUUGCCCUUGCGUCGAAGCUCCUUCACUUUCCGGUCCAAACGCAAACGUUUCCUUCGUUUUGCUGUGGCAAAAUCCGAGGCACCGGCUUUUGGCGCCCGCUUCCCGCAGGGUGAGGGACGGAGCGGGGGCUGCGC